AUGAAAUUUAUUAAAAAAUAUCAAACAUCAAAGGAUGGUUUAUCUUACAUGUUAUCUACUCCUUCUAAAUUGAGAAAUAAAGAAAAUAGUGAUGAAAACAAUGGCGAAAUUGUUAAUUUACAUAAUGAUGGCAUUUGGGAAAAGGCUGAAAAAGUUCUUAUUACGAAACCAGAAAUAAUUGAAAUUUAUGAAAAAUUGAAUUCAAUAACUACCAAUCCCAAUAAUAAAACUAAAAAAAAAACAUUAUUAAUGCCAAAUACCUGUCAAAACAUGAUUGAUAAUUGUCUUCAAGAAAAUCAUUAUAGUGGAGCAAUUGAUUUGAUUGGAUCUUUUUAUAAUCAAUCAUACAAUCCUUCAGAAAAACAUAUUCGUCAAUUGAUGGAUUUGGUGGUUAAUGAUCAAAAGGUUAAUUAUAGAAUGGCUCUGAAAGCACAUAAAAUUUUAAAUCAAAUUUUACAACAAGAGGGUUCUUUACCUUUUGAGAAUAUUUGGUCGUCAUCUCUUUCUUCAAGUGAUUUUGAUAGUCAAAUAAAUGAAAUAGAUGAUAUUUGGAAAGAAUAUAAAGAUUUUUGGAAUUUCUUCAAAAAAACGAUGUUCCAAACUCAUCUGAUGGAUGAUGAUAAAUUUCAAAGAAAACUCUUGUUGUUUGAACAUAUAGUAAGUGUGUUAGAAGUUGAUAUAAAAUUAAAACAAGAAAAUUUAUCUUCAACAAUAUUUUUACAACUUCUUCCAAACAAUUAUGGUGCCCAACAACGUACAACAAACAUUAAAACUCCUGUUGAUAUAUUAAUUUCAAUAUUUGACAAAGAUGAAAUAUCUAAAGAUUUUGUAAACAUGAUCCAAAGAUUAUUAGAUUUGAUGAUAAUUCUUUCAUACUCUGAACAUAUUUGCUCUAAAACUUUGACAACUGAGAUAUACUUGAAAUCCAAGCAUCUUGAUUCAUCAAAAUUCCAAUUAUUUCUUCAAACUUUAAUAUCAAACACCUUUAAAGCAAAGUUGCUUGAUUUAGCAUUAUCCAAUGCAGAUAUUAACUCGGCUGGUCGUAAUUAUCGACACUUGAUAAAAUCACAAUUAAGUUUAUCAAAAAUAAUUAAUGUUUAUUUUGAUUCAAUUCCAUUUAAAAAAACCAAAAAAGGUGAUAUUAUGUCUGAUUUAGCAUGGAGACAUUAUUAUAUGCUAUAUUGGAUCCUUCAAAGUUACAUUUCUUCAAAAAUCAUACGAGUUAAUAAUUGCAUUAAUAAUAACCGCAAUACCAGAAGGAAUAGCGGUGAUGAUUCAAUAAUGAUGAUUUGUGGAUUAGAUGAUGAAGAAUAUGAAUUAGUGAUUAAUAACACAGUGGUCAACAAAAUCAACAAUUUGCAAGAAUCAAUCAAGAAGAAUACUAUCAUUAGUUCAGGUAUAAAAUUUCAAGUACAAUUUUUAUUGGAAAUGCUCAGUUUGAAUAUUGAAAGUCUUAAAUUGCUGUAUGGGAACAUACUAAUCCAACGAUAUCCAACAGACGAAUUAGAAGACAUUACAGAUAAUGAUAAUGACGAUGAUGAUCCAACUGCUAACGUGUCUGAAAUAGAAGAAGACUGGGAAGAACUUGUUGAGCAAUUAGAGCAAAUUUUAUUUACUUUGAUACUUCUUUCGUUAAGACAAUGGCUGG